UGAGUGAGAGGUACCAAAUUUGUAUUGGUUUUGCGAUGCUGUUUCCCAGGAAAGAAGGCAAGGGAACCCUGCGUUUGCUGCUCUGCGUUCUGCUCCUCGCAGCCUGGAAGACUGGGAGUGGUCAGGUCCACUAUUCGGUCCCGGAGGAGGCCAAACACGGCACCUUCGUGGGCCGCAUCGCCCAGGACUUGGGGCUGGAGCUCGCGGAGCUGGUGCCACGCCUGUUCCGAGUGGCAUCGAAGGGUCACGGGGACCUUCUGGAGGUAAAUCUGCAGAAUGGCAUUUUGUUUGUGAAUUCUCGGAUCGACCGGGAAGAGCUGUGCGGGCAGAAUAUGGAGUGUAGCAUCCACCUGGAGGUGAUCGUGGAUAAGCCGCUGCAGGUUUUCCAUGUGGUGGUGGAGGUGAAGGACAUUAAUGAUAACCCACCGGUUUUCAGAGCAAGAGAACAAAGGUUUUUUAUUCCUGAAUCUAGACUGGUGGAUUCACGUUUCCCGAUAGAGGGCGCUGCUGAUGAAGACAUUGGUACCAACGCUCUUCUAACGUACACCCUCAGCCCCAGUGAUUAUUUCUCUUUGGAUGUACAGGCAAGUGAUGAACUCAGUAAGUCACUUUCACUUGAAUUGAGGAAGUCUUUGGAUAGAGAAGAAACACCAGAACUUCAUUUAUUAUUGACAGCCACUGAUGGGGGCAAGCCAGAGCUGGAAGGUACAGUUCAGCUGCUGAUCACAGUGCUGGAUGUUAAUGAUAAUGCCCCAUUGUUUGCCCAGGCUGGGUACAGAGUCCAUUUAUUAGAGAGUACAGCAAAUGGAACAUUAGUGACUACAUUAAAUGCCUCUGAUGCCGAUGAAGGUGUAAAUGGCGAAAUUGUUUUUUCCUUUGGCAGUGAUAUUCCUCUAAACAUUCAAAAAAACUUCAAAAUUGAUUCCAGCUCAGGAGAAAUUAGACUAAUUGGUAGACUGGAUUAUGAAGAAACGAAAUCCUAUGAAAUUCAGGUAAAAGCAGUUGAUAAAGGAAAUCCUCCAAUGUCGAAUCACUGCAAAGUUUUAGUGAAAGUGCUGGAUGUAAAUGACAAUGCUCCACAACUGGCAAUCACACCUCUGUCUUUGCCGGUCCGAGAGGACUCUCCACUAGGCACUGUCAUCGCCUUUGUCUCCGUGUCCGACCGUGACUCUGGUGUCUACGGGCAGGUGACCUGCUCUCUGAUGCCUCCUAUCCCAUUCAAGCUGGUGUCCACCUUCAAGAACUACUAUUCGCUGGUGCUGGACAGCGCCUUGGAUCGAGAGAGCGUGUCGAACUAUGAGCUGGUGGUGACAGCACGGGACGCAGGCUCGCCUCCGCUCUCCGCCACGGCCAGCGUGUCCGUGGAAGUGGCGGACGUGAACGACAACGCGCCGGCGUUCGCGCAGCCCGAGUACACGGUGUUCGUGAAGGAGAACAACCCGCCCGGCUGCCACAUCUUCACGGUGUCGGCGCGGGACGCGGACGCGCAGGAGAACGCGCUGGUGUCCUACUCGCUGGUGGAGCGGCGCGUGGGCGAGCGCGCGCUGUCGAGCUACGUGUCGGUGCACGCGGAGAGCGGCAAGGUGUACGCGCUGCAGCCGCUGGACCACGAGGAGCUGGAGCUGCUGCAGUUCCAAGUGAGCGCGCGCGACGCGGGCGUGCCUCCGCUGGGCAGCAACGUGACGCUGCAGGUGUUCGUGCUGGACGAGAACGACAACGCGCCCGCGCUGCUGCCGCGGCCCGGCGCGGGCGGCGGGGACGGUGCGCUGAGCGAGCUGGUGUCGCGGUCGGUGGGCGCGGGCCACGUGGUGGCGAAGGUGCGCGCGGUGGACGCGGAUUCCGGCUACAACGCGUGGCUGUCGUUCGAGCUGCAGCCGGCGGCGGGGGGCGCGCGCAGCCCGUUCCGCGUGGCGCUGUACACGGGCGAGAUCAGCACGACGCGCCCCCUGGACGAGGCGGACCCGCCGCGCCAGCGCCUGCUGGUGCUGGUCAAGGACCACGGCGAGCCGGCGCUGACGGCCACGGCCACCGUGCUGCUGUCGCUGGUGGAGAGCGGCCAGGCGCCAAAGGCGUCGUCGCGGGUGUUGGCGGGCGCCGCUGGCGCCGAGACGGCGCUGGUGGACGUCAACGUGUACCUGAUCGUCGCCAUCUGCGCGGUGUCCAGCCUGCUGGUGCUCACGCUGCUGCUGUACACGGCGCUGCGGUGCUCGGCCCCGCCCAGGGAGGGCGCGUGCGGGCCUGGGAAGCCCACGCUCGUGUGCUCCAGCGCGGUGGGGAGCUGGUCGUACUCGCAGCAGAGGCGGCAGAGGGUGUGCUCUGGGGAGGGCGCGCCCAAGACCGACCUCAUGGCCUUCAGCCCCAGCCUACCUCAAGUUCCAGGCUCCGCAGAAGAAAGACAACAACCCUCAGAAUCAGAACACUUAGGAAAGCAUCCAUAUAACUAAGGAAGUUGGAGUUUUCCCAAAAGGUGAAGACUGAUAUUGAAAGACUGCAUUUUAAUUGGAAACUCCUGUGUUGGGUCAUUAAAACGUAAACUUGACAAGUAAAUGUUACACUUGGAAAAG